AUAAAAUCUCAUUGGAAUUCUUUGGCACCUUUAAAUCGCUAUUUCCAAUGUGAAAUCACCUAAAAACAACACUAAUCACAGUUUGAAAGUCAUUGCCGCCUUCAUAAGCAAAAUACAAUAAUACAUCCCUCUUUUUCACUCUCAGGUAAGGCAAGCAUGUGUUUCACGGUUUCGUUUGCUUGCUGGCUGACUGACUGACUGUUGUCAAAAUCAAUGUUUAUUUUGUUUUCAAGCUGAGCAUUCGUGUUUGUUUAAUUGUGAGAGCACCCCCAUUGAGAGAGAGAGAGAGCGUGUGCCAUAAACUGAACAACCACCACAAUUUGCAUUGAGUGGAGUUUGCCCUCCAUCAAAGGCAGUGAGAGAGAGAGUCGUAGUGUUAUCAAAGCAGAAGAAGAAGGAGACCAGACAAAACAUAAUCAGUUAGAUUUGACUGACGUUUAGCCGUGGUUGAAAGUAAGAGCUGUGUGUAUUUUUGGGCAGCCAAAAAGAAAAAAAAUAUUUGCCGUCUGUUUCUUUUGUGAAAAAAAGUUGCAAUAAUCCAUGAAUAUAGAAUAAAAUAAAGAAAUAUUUUAAAUUCUCUAAAGAAUUCGGUUAGUUUCCCUUUGCAUUUGUGUGAAAAAGAAUGAAGAAAAAGUGAAGCGGCGGCUAAUAAGAUUGAUAUUGGUGGUCUGCCCCCACCUCAUUGUCCGUAGUAAAAAAAGGUGGAUAGAGACAGCCGCAAAAGAAGAAGUAAAAAAAGAAGUCAGUGAGUGUUGUUGGUGUUGCGUUUUUUGACAUCGCAAAAGAAGAAGAAGCAGAAAAUCCAAUUUGUUUUCUUAUUUUCGUUGAUAUAUUUCUUUGCGGUCGUUUUCGUCGUCUGUCUGCUGUGUUUCCCCCCGUUGCGCGUGGAGCCAACGAAGUCAACGUCAACGUCUCUGCCUAUCGUUGGUAGUUAAAACAAAUUUGUGUGUUUGUUUGCGCCUGUUUUCUUGUGACAAAAACAUAAAUUGAAGGAGUACGUCAAACUCCCCCAGUUACGGUAUUUGACAAAUCGGGUACGUGUUCGCGUCUAUGUGUCGUUGCGUUAAUUUGAAAAGUAAUAAAUAAACAAGUGUUUGUUAAUUUAUUUAAAUAAAAAAAUACCAACAAAAAAAUUUGGAAAAGUAAAAAAUUUUGUUUACCAACCCGAGAGUUGCCAGAUUUGUGUGUUUUUCAUUUGGGGGGCAGCUCAACGUGCUGUGUACAAAACAAAGCCGGUUUACUCCACUACGAGUAUCGUGUGUGUGUGUGGUCUCCAACCACUCUCUCUCUCUCUCUCUCUGUGUCUCCUUAUUUUGACGGCUCUCCGUGUAUCUCUGUUAAUAUUGAGCGCCACAUCAAAUAGCCAAUGCUAAAAAGCAGGCGCCUGUUUGACGUUUUGUUGUGCAAAUUUUUUUCUUCCGAUUGUCACAAAAAGUAAAUAAUGCCAAGAAAAUCUUGUCAGAAAUUAAAAAAUCCAAUAAAAGUUCAAUGAAAAUAAUAACAAAAUUCGUUAAAAUUAAACAAAAUCUGUGCAAAAUCCCUUAAUCUAUGGGUGUGUAUUGAGAUUUGUGUCGUCCGUCUUACGGUUUAUUGUUUUAUUGCGAGUGGGCGUUAAGUGGCUUAAGAGCAGCAGCAGCAACCCUCUGCCCCAUCAUCUUUGCCAAGUAAAACACCCAACGUUGUUGUCGUCCAAGUGUUGUUCAACCAGUUUUUUCAACCUCUUGCCAUGUUUGUUUCCCAAAAAAGUGUAAACAAGAAAAGUUAACAAAAAAAAAAAAAAAAGGAAAAUAAUUAUAAAUAAUUCGAGCUGCUCAAAAAAGUGCUAAAAUAUUUUGAACAACUAUUCUUUGAAAAUAAAAUAAAAAAUAAUUCUGCGUCUGCCGCAGUCUGUUAUUGGUAUAACAAUAACAACACCAGCUGCUGCCACAAACAAAAGCAAUAUUUUUCACAUCAACCCAUCCCCCCGACAUCACCCCACCAGCAAUCCAGCUCUUAACUGAAUCAUAAUUCCGUCUAAUUUCAUUUAUUCAUGGAUUAAUAUCUCAGUGAACUAAGGAUUCUGCCAGCAUCACUUUUUGAGUGAUCCGACUAUAUUUUUUUGGAUUAUAUUAUUGUGUGGAUUAACAUUAAGAAAGCUAAUCAAAAUCAAAACAAUUUGAACAAAAUUUUACAAACAUUUUGGUGAAUAAAUAUAGUCAACAUUCAACGAAAAAUCAAAAGCAGAAAAUUUCUGGCGCACACACACACAGAAUAAUAUGAGGACCUUCUCCGUAUUGAAAACGCAAUAACCAAGCCAUAGCUUUAUAGAUGUCCACAUAGAUGUCAAAGGAAAAAUUUUAUACACUCUCCGAAAAGCAAACUCUAAGCAAUUUUUAACGAUUUUUGAUACCUCCCUUAAAUGAUUUUUGUUUGCCACUAGCCAUAGAGUAAGUCUAGUAACAGAAAUCGAAAAAAACCGCAAAGAACAAAUCAGCUACAAAAAACUAAACCAGGAAACUCAAUUUUAUCCAUUUUGUAUAAAUUGUUAUCCUUAUUGUCGUCGCCAUCAUCCUCGUCGUCGUAUCUCUUAUCUGGUCAACCACGUUGACAACGAACCACGACCCACUUACAUUUAAGACCAGACAAGAGCCUGGCCGUCGUCAUCAUCAGUUUGAAAUCCCCUCCAUAAAAAAAAAACUACGCAGAUACUCCUCUAUUGGUCUUGUCGACCAUUAUCAUAUUUUUUUUCUACCCACUCGCUGGUUGUAUUUAUACUUCUUCCAAUCUCCUCCUCCUCCAUCGGAUAACAAGAGCAACUGUUGUUCACACAUUUGCUUGGUUGUUGCGCCAAGAAACAACAACAAACAACUACAACACCAGCAAUAAAUUGAGCAAUAUCAUUGCCUGGGCAUUUGGUUGGACGCCAGCCAUUUCGUUGAUCCAACCUCAAUCUCAAUCGCCUCCAUCCUCCUCCUCCCACAACUCAAGUCAAUUUCCUGCGUGUGUGUGUGUCUCAGCGCGUAUUUUGUUGUAAAUAAUGGGGCUGCAAGUGGCAGCAUUGCCAACAGCAGCCAAUAUUGUUGCAGUUACCACACUUCUUGUGUUGUUAAUCUGGACACCAGUUGUUAUUGAUGCAGUCCAUGCAAAUUUUUCGGAUUUUCCAUAUAUACAAUAUCUGACACAUCCACCGGAAAUCAUCAAGAAACCCCAAAACCUGGGCGUUCGAGUGGGAGGAGUUGCGACAUUCUAUUGUGCGGCCCGAGGAGAUCCACCGCCAACGAUAGUUUGGAGAAAGAAUGGCAAGAAAGUUUCAGGCACCCAAUCACGUUACACGGUAUUGGAACAACCGGGAGGUGUUUCGAUAUUACGCAUUGAGCCUGUACGUUCGGGACGUGAUGAUGCUCCAUACGAGUGCGUAGCUGAGAAUGGUGUUGGCGAUGCUGUAUCAGCAGAUGCUACAUUAACAGUGUAUGAAGUUGACAAACCACCACCAGGCUUCCCCGUCAUCAUCCAGCAUCCCAGUUUGCGCGUCAUUGAAGUGGGCCACACGGCCACGAUGCAGUGCAAGGCAACCGGUAAUCCAACACCUCUAAUAUAUUGGAUUAAGAAUCAGACAAGAGUCGACAUGACUAAUCCACGAUAUUCGCUGAAAGACGGUGGUCUACAAAUUGAAAACAGUCGUGAAGAGGAUCAAGGCAAAUACGAGUGUGUUGCGGAAAAUUCUGUGGGCACUGAACAUUCAAAGGCCACUAAUUUAUAUGUGAAAGUACGACGGGUAUCGCCAACCUUUUCGCGGCCGCCAGAGCCCAUCAAUGAGGUUAUGUUGGGUUCGAAUUUGAAUCUGUCCUGUAUUGCUGUUGGUUCCCCCAUGCCGCAUGUGAAGUGGAUGAAGGGUGCCCAAGAUUUGACACCCGAAGAUAAUAUACCCAUUGGCCGUAACAUUUUGGAAUUGACAAACAUACAACAAAGUGCUAAUUACACAUGCAUAGCCUCAUCGUCAUUGGGCCAAAUCGAAGCCGUUGCCGUGGUCAAAGUUCAAUCCUUGCCCACUGCACCCACAGACAUAACAAUUUCCGAAGUGACAGCCACCUCUGUACGCCUCGAGUGGUCUUACAAAGGCCCAGAAGAUUUACAGUAUUAUGUGAUACAAUAUAAGCCCAAAAAUGCUAAUCAGGCCUUUAGCGAAAUCAGUGGCAUCAUAACCAUGUACUAUUCGGUACGAGCAUUGAGUCCCUACACAGAAUAUGAAUUCUAUGUGAUAGCUGUAAAUAAUAUUGGUAGAGGACCGCCAUCGAUACCAGCGACUUGUACCACUGGCGAUUUUACAUAUGGUGGAGCAAAAAUGGAAAGUGCCCCACGUAAUGUUCAAGUCCGACCAUUAUCCUCAUCGACAAUGGUCAUUACCUGGGAACCGCCAGAGACACCGAAUGGACAAGUGACCGGCUACAAAGUUUACUAUACCACCAAUCCCAAUCAACCAGAAGCCUCUUGGGACUCCCAACUGGUGGAUAAUAGUGAACUAACCACAAUAUCAGAUCUGACACCGCACGCCAUCUAUACCGUGCGCGUUCAGGCCUAUACAUCAAUGGGAGCUGGUCCAAUGUCCACACCGGUACAAGUGAAAACACAACAAGGUGUCCCCUCACAGCCAAGCAAUUUCCGGGCCACCGAUAUCGGCGAGACCGCAGUUACAUUGCAAUGGUCAAAACCGACACAUUCCAGUGAAAAUAUCGUUCAUUAUGAAUUGUACUGGAAUGACACAUAUGCAAAUCAGGAUCAUCACAAGCGUAUUUCCAACACUGAAUCGUAUACGCUAGAUGGUUUGUAUCCUGAUACUCUAUAUUAUAUAUGGCUGGCCGCUCGUUCCCAAAGAGGCGAAGGUGCAACAACCCCACCCAUACCCGUCCGUACAAAACAAUAUGUACCAGGUGCCCCACCACGCAAUAUCACUGCCAAAGCCACUAGCCCCACCACCAUCGCCGUCAAUUGGUUGCCACCGCCCGAGGAACGUUCAAAUGGCCGCAUAAUAUAUUACAAGGUAUUCUAUGUGGAAGUCGGUCGCACCGACAAUGAGGCGACCAUAACGACCCUGAACGACACCAGCAUACUAUUGGAUGAGUUGAAACGUUGGACCGAAUAUAAGAUUUGGGUGUUGGCCGGUACAUCGGUUGGCGAUGGACCGCGUUCACAUCCGAUCAUUGUGCGAACCCACGAAGAUGUGCCUGGAGAUCCUCAAGAAGUUAAGGCUACUCCGUUAAAUUCAACAUCAAUUCAUGUCAGCUGGAAACCGCCGCUAGAGAAAGAUCGUAAUGGUAUUAUUCGAGGCUAUCACAUACAUGUACAGGAAGUCCGAGAUGAGGGCAAGGGUUUCUUAAACGAGCCCCUAAAAUACGAUGUUGUCGAUGCCUUGGAAUACAAUGUCACCGAUCUGCAACCCGACACCAAGUACUCCAUACAAGUUGCCGCCUUGACGCGUAAGGGUGAUGGCGAUCGCAGUCCUGCGGUUAUUGUCAAAACCCCCGGUGGGGUACCCGUACGACCAACCGUCAGUUUGAAAAUCAUGGAACGUGAUCCCACGGUUUCAAUUGAACUGGAAUGGGAAAGGCCUGCCCAAACCUAUGGCGAACUGCGUGGUUAUCGCCUAAAAUGGGGUAUCAAAGAUCAUCCUCUCAAGGAAUUGCUGAUGGGACCUCACGAAACCAAGAAACCUUUCAAGGAUUUGGAACGUGGUGUAGAGUAUGAAUUCCGUGUGGCGGGCAGCAAUCACAUUGGCAUUGGCCAAGAAACAGUGAAAAUCUUCCAAACCCCUGAGGGAGCACCCAGUGGCCCACCCUCCAAUAUUACCAUACGCUUCCAAACUCCCGACGUUGUGUGCGUGACCUGGGAGCCACCAACCCGUGAACAUCGCAAUGGCAUUAUAACACGUUACGAUGUCCAAUUCCACAAGAAAAUCGAUCAUGGCCUGGGUUCGGAAAGGAAUAUGACCCUAAAUAAGGUGGUGUUUACCAAUUUGGAGGAGAACACAGAAUAUAUCUUCCGUAUACGUGCCUACACCAAACAGGGUGGUGGUCCAUUUAGUGAAAAGAUUUUGAUAGAAACUGAAAGGGAUAUGGGUCGUGCCCCCAUGUCUGUACAGGCUGUGGCAACAUCGGAACAAACCGCGGAGAUUUGGUGGGAACCGGUGCCCACUCGUGGGAAAUUAUUGGGCUACAAGAUUUUCUAUACCAUGGCUGCAGUGGAUGAUCUGGACGAAUGGCAAAGUAAAACUGUGGGCCUUACCGAGUCUGCGGAUCUGGUGAACUUGGAAAAGUUUGCCCAAUACACUGUGGCCAUUGCAGCGAGAUUCCAAUCGGGCCUGGGACGUUUGAGUGAAAAGGUCCAUGUGAAAAUAAAGCCGGAAGAUGUACCACUGAACCUGAGGGCCCAUGAUGUCACCACCCACUCCAUGACUCUGAGCUGGUCACCUCCCAUUCGACUAAAUCCGGUGAGCUAUAAAAUCUCCUAUGAUGCCAUGAAAGUGUUUGUGGAUUCGCAAGGCUUCUCACAAACCCAAAUUGUCCAGAAACGGGAAAUCAUCCUGAAGGCCUAUGCCAAGAGUCAUACCAUCAAUGAGCUGAGCCCCUUUACCACCUACAAUGUUAAUGUCAGUGCCAUGCCCAGUGAUUAUUCAUAUCGUCCGCCCACCAAAAUUACCGUCACCACCCAAAUGGCUGCCCCUCAGCCCAUGGUCAAGCCGGAUUUCUAUGGUGUGGUAAAUGGUGAGGAAAUUUUGGUCAUCCUACCCCAAGCUUCCGAGGAAUAUGGUCCCAUAUCCCAUUACUAUUUGGUGGUGGUCCCAGAGGAUAAAUCGAAUUUACACAAAAAUCCUGAUCAAUUUUUGACCGAAGAUCUGCUGCCGGGUAGAAAUAAGCCAGAAAGACCCAAUGCUCCUUAUAUUGCGGCCAAGUUUCCCCAGAGAUCAAUACCUUUCACCUUCCACCUGGGUUCGGGAGAUGAUUAUCACAAUUUCACCAAUCGCAAACUGGAGCGGGAGAAACGUUAUAGAAUCUUCGUGAGAGCUGUGGUGGAUACGCCGCAAAAGCAUUUGUAUACCUCCAGUCCAUUUUCGGAAUUCCUUUCGCUGGAUAUGCGUGAGGCUCCGCCCGGUGAAAGGCCACAUCGUCCAGAUCCCAAUUGGCCCUCGGAGCCAGAGGUGUCUGUGAAUCGUAACAAGGAUGAGCCCGGCAUGAUGUGGGUUAUUCUGCCCGUUUUGGCUGCCCUGAUUUUGUCGACAACCUUCAUUAUUAUUUACAUUAUUAAGAGGAGGCGGCAACCCUGUAAGACCCCCGAUCAGGCAGCUGUCACAAGGCCCUUGAUGGCCGCCGAUUUAGGUGCCGGACCCACACCCAGCGAUCCAGUGGAUAUGCGCCGCCUAAACUUCCAAACCCCUGGCAUGAUUUCCCAUCCUCCCAUACCCAUAUCGGAAUUUUCCAAUCAUGUGGAACGCCUCAAGGCGAAUGACAAUCAGAAAUUCUCUCAGGAAUACGAAAGCAUUGAACCGGGUCAACAAUUUACCUGGGACAAUUCCAACUAUGAAUACAAUAAGCCCAAGAAUCGUUAUGCCAAUGUUACGGCCUAUGACCACUCGAGGGUUAUUCUGCCGCUCAUGGAUGGAGUGGUAGGCUCUGACUACAUCAAUGCCAAUUAUUGUGAUGGCUAUCGCAAGCAUAAUGCCUAUGUGGCAACACAGGGCCCCCUGCAGGAUACCAUAUCGGAUUUCUGGCGCAUGUGUUGGGAACUGAAGACCACGACCAUUGUUAUGAUGACCCGACUGGAGGAGAGGACCCGCAUCAAGUGUGAUCAAUAUUGGCCCACGCGAGGCACUGAGACAUAUGGACAAAUGUUUGUGACCAUUACGGAGACGCAGGAAUUGGCCACCUACAGUAUCAGGACCUUCCAGUUGUGCCGUCAAGGAUUCAAUGAACGUCGUGAGCUCAAGCAGUUGCAAUUUACCGCCUGGCCAGAUCAUGGUGUUCCCGAUCAUCCGGCUCCAUUCUUGCAAUUCUUGCGUAGAUGCCGAGCCCUCACACCACCCGAUUCUGGCCCUAUUGUGGUCCACUGCUCUGCUGGAGUGGGUCGUACUGGAUGUUAUAUUGUCAUUGACUCUAUGUUGGAACGCAUGAAACAUGAGAAGAUUGUGGACAUCUAUGGCCAUGUCACCUGUCUGAGGGCCCAGCGCAAUUACAUGGUCCAAACCGAGGAUCAGUACAUUUUCAUACACGAUGCCAUACUGGAGGCCAUAAUUUGUGGCAACACUGAGGUACCGGCCCGCAAUUUGCACACCCAUUUGCAGAAGCUGUUGACCACAGAACCGGGGGAGAGCAUUACUGGCAUGGAAAUUGAAUUUAAGAAACUCUCCAAUGUCAAGGUGGAUUCGUCGAAAUUUGUCACCGCCAACUUGCCCUGUAACAAGCAUAAAAAUCGUCUGGUCCACAUUUUGCCCUAUGAAUCUUCGAGGGUCUAUUUGACACCCAUACAUGGAGUGGAGGGUAGCGAUUACAUCAAUGCCAGUUUUAUUGAGGGUUAUCGUUAUCGUUCGGCCUAUAUUGCGGCCCAGGGACCAUUGCAGGAUACGGCCGAGGACUUUUGGAGAAUGUUGUGGGAGCAUAAUUCGACGAUUGUGGUUAUGUUGACCAAACUCAAGGAAAUGGGAAGGGAAAAAUGUUAUCAAUACUGGCCCCAUGAGCGUUCCGUGCGCUAUCAGUACUAUGUGGUGGAUCCCAUUGCGGAAUAUAAUAUGCCGCAGUAUAAGCUAAGGGAAUUUAAGGUCACCGAUGCCCGUGAUGGCUCUUCCCGCACUGUACGCCAAUUCCAGUUCAUCGAUUGGCCCGAACAGGGUGUACCCAAGUCCGGAGAGGGCUUCAUCGACUUCAUUGGCCAGGUACACAAGACCAAGGAGCAGUUUGGUCAAGAUGGGCCCAUUACCGUGCACUGUAGUGCUGGAGUUGGUCGCACCGGGGUGUUUAUUACCCUCAGUAUUGUCCUAGAGCGCAUGCAAUAUGAAGGUGUUUUAGAUGUAUUUCAAACUGUGCGCAUUCUGCGAGCUCAACGACCAGCCAUGGUGCAAACAGAGGAUCAAUAUCAUUUUUGUUAUCGUGCUGCAUUGGAGUAUUUGGGUUCAUUCGACAACUAUACCAAUUAGUUUCCAUACCAUACAAUGUCUGUAUAACAGAUUUACAUGUUGGAAAGCUAAACUUAGAAUGUUUGAUUUUGGUUUUCAUUUUUUUAACACUGUCAUACUCAAAUGGUCCUGCUUUACGAAAUCCCCGAACUUCUUCCCCCGAAAAAAAUGUGGUGGAAAAAGACGAAAUAACAUCUUAAAAAUGUUUAUAUAAUUUUAAGUUAUAUUACAAAAAAUGUAACAAAACAAUGUAAAUCGUUAUAUUUACAUGUAUGGAAGUUAUGAAAAAACUGUUAUACACUUGUAUAACAGUUUGCAGAAACUGUUAUACGCCAGAAAAACAGUUGGAAAUGGUGCUUUGCAGAGUGUUAUAGCUUAGGGAGCUAAAAAAUUUGUCAGUAUAACAGUUUGAAAGUGUUAUACACAUUGAAAAAAUAUAGCAAAAGUUGGAUUUUAUUGCAUCAGUUGUCAUUGCAACAGUUUUCGAAAUGUGUUUAACUAAGGGAAGCUAUAGCUAUUGGUGCUCUGUAAGGAUUUAUACCUUGGCAAGGUAUAAUAUAACAUAUUAUAACAGUUUGAUAAUGGUAUAUCAGAAAUUAUCUAUGACCAUAUCCCUAGUCGAUUAAAUAAAAUGGGUCACAAUAUAACACUUUAAAGUUUUAUAAAGUAAAAGUAAAUCUUAAAAUUCAACAAUUUGGGAUAUACCUGCUGAACAUUUCGAUAUGAUACGACAGCAAAUAACUGAUAUAACACUUUUUAGAGGUCGUAGAGAACUCUUAAAAUACAUUUUUUUCACUUAAAAAGUCUUUUGAUUUCAUAAAAUACAGUAAUUUGUUUUUGUAUAACAGUUUCAAAAGUGUUAUAUUGUUCUAAUAUAGUUGAAGAUGUUAUACAAUUUUAUUUACUUAUUUAAGUAUUUGUAAAUUACCUCGACUUUGGUAUAUUAUAAGAAAAUAUACUGCCAUUACAAGUUUUUUGCGGUUUCAAAACACCAACUCAACUGUUGGAUAUUUUUCAAUAUCGUAUUUAAACAUAUAAUUUAAGAAUACUCAACCUUAACUGUGCUGAUACCAGAUAACUUCCAGGAAAGCAUUUAAAAUUUAUUUUAUGGCUUUGGCGAUUUUUCGAUUUUUAUUUUUAAUUUAUUUUUCAAACAUAUCCAUGACCAGUAACAGUUUAUUGCAGUCAAUUCCAGUUGUUAAAGUUUCCUGUAUUUUAAUAUAUUUUUUAUUCACAAAUUUAUUUUAAAUAGCCCGAUUUUGGUUUGUUACAAAAACUCUUCUACCCAUUGUAUAACAGUUUGAUAGUAUACUAGGACAUUGAAAGCGAUCAUAAAUAAGGUUAAUUUAGUACAUUUGUGUUCAGAAAAGUGUUAUAUAGCAUUGUAUAACAGUUUAAAAAGUGUUAUACUGUUUGAAAACUUUCAAGAAAGCCGGGCCAGUAAAUUGAAAUCAAUUUAAAUUAAUAAUGAAUCCGUAUAUAUAACAGUUUCGGUAAUUUUGUUGGAAGAAGGUUAGCAGUAUAACAGUUAUAGGAGCACCGUAGGGUUCAUAAUAUGAUCAUAAUUGACUGAAAGUGAACGAGAAUUUUUUUAAGAAUGGUGUUUUUUUACAAAAGUGUUAUACAUUGCAGUAUAACAGUCGUAGAAGUGUUAUACCCAUUAAAAUUUUUCAAAAAAAAAACAAAGACGAUAGCCUUUAAUCUAAAAGGGAAAUUAAAAAAUGUAUAUGCAUAACAAUUUCAGUCAUUUGCGUCAAAAGACUAUUGUUCUAAAUACUGGCAGUAUAACAGUCUUUUUACAACGUGGUUGAAGUUGGAAAAUUUUAAAUAGUGUUAUACUAUUUGAAAAUUGUUCAAGUAAAUUUGAAUAUUUCAGGGAACCUCACAAGUUACAUGCAAUCAGUAUAAAUAACUAAUAAAAUAGUUUGUAUAACAGUUUCAGUCAUUUUGGCAGAAUGAGUGUUCUACUAGGAGUAUAAAAGUUAUAGGAACACCGUAGGGUUCAUAAUAUGAUCAUAAUUAAUUUUAAUUGAACGAUAACAUUUUUAGAAAAGUGCUAUAAUUAUUAGUCGUAAAAGUGUUAUACUCAUUGAAAUUUUUCAAAAAUUAGAAAAGCAAAAAAAAAAUUAUAGCCUUUAAUCUAAAGGGGAAAUUAUGAAAUGUGUAUGUAACAAUUUCAGUCAUUUGAUUUAAAAAGCUACUGUUCUAAAUACUGGCCGUAUAACAGUUUUUUUGGAACGUGGUUGAAGUAGGGAAAUUUAAAUGGUGUUAUGCAGUUAGGAAAUUGUUCACAGAAAUAUAAAUCAAGUUGCAAGCAAUCGAUAUAAAUAACUACUAAAACUGAUUGUAUAACAGUUUCAGUCAUUUUGGCUGAAGGACGACUGUCCUACUAGGAGUAUAACAGUUGUAGUAAAAUUGUGGGGUUUAUAAAAUGAUCAUAAUUACAUUUAAUUGAAUGAAGAUGCUGUAGGAAAGUCAUAAAAUUUGUAGUAUAACAGUUAUAAAUGUGUUAUACUCAAUGAAAAUUUUUUAAAAUAUAAGGAACAUUACAAAAUGAUAGUUUUUAAUCUUAAGUUUAAAAAGUGUUAUAAUUUGAAAGAACGACCUCCUAAUAAUUGGGCAAUAGAACACAAAACGAUAGUUUCUCAUUUGAGUCCGUUCCAUACUUGAGGGUAAAAAUGUAUAAGUAUAACAGUUUUUUAGAAAGCAUGUAAAAAUUGAAAAAAAAAAAUAUGAGCAUGAUAGGAUAUUGCAUUCAUAUGUUUAAAUAACUUUAAAAAAUAUAUUUCACUGAUGUAUAACAGUUUAUAACUUCCAUACAUGUCUUUAUAUAACUAACAGAAACUAAAUUAAAUUUUAUAAAAACAAUUUGUUAUUGCAUAAUUACGUCUUAAUUAUUAUAUAAUGAAAGAAUCUGCCCUGCCUGCUUUAUAUCACUAAUUAGUAAACAAUACAAUUAUGCUAUACUUUCCAUUAUUUUUAAAUAAAUUUAAAAACAAAUUAAAAACUAAAAUAUUUAACAACAAAUAAAAAAACAAAAUGAUACAUAAAUGUAAAUUAAUUUUAGAUUUUAGUCCUUGUCUCUUUUAAGUUAUUGUGAACUAAAAAAGACUGUUUAUGCAUUAAAUUACAUUUAAACAAAUACAACAUGAAGAAAAAAAGAAACAAAACAAAAAAAGAAGAACAAAAAUGAAAAAUAAGCAACAAUAGUGAAGAAAAUAAAAAAAAAACAUUUAUUUAAAAAUAAGUUUUAAUUUGUUAUACAGAUUUUUGUUUGAAUGUUCUUAAAAAAUACAUUGUAACAAUUUCAGUUUAAUUUUUUUAAUAAAAAAUAUUUUUUUAAUUUUUUAAGUCUGUAACAUAAAUCACCCUUAAAAGCCAGUCAAUUUAAUUUUUAAUUUUAGUUAUAAAAAAAAUUCCAAUUGAAACUUUGAAUCUCUACGCAAAAACAAACGACUACCUUGCUAACAACAAAUAUGAAAUUCUUAAAGACGUUUCUAAAGCUUCUGUCUAACAGUGGCCAAGCUUCAACUUUCCACAGCCAAAUUCCAAUUAAGUAUUCAUUUUUAUAAUUUUUUUAAAAAUUAAUAAUUUUUUAAUUUAAUUUAAUUUUUCUGUCUAUUACUAAUUUUGUGCCUUUGUAUUUAAUUUUAAAAAUUUUGAAGGGAACUACAAUUUAGAAAACCUUAGGAUUUCAGGCCCUUUAAAUCCUUGACCAUUAAAAUGAAUACCUCUUCCCUAAUGAUAAGCCUCAUUAGAGACACUGCUUUUAUUUUUGUUGUCAAUGAUUUAAGGUUACCUUUGCUAGCCUUUCACCUUAAAUAGAAAUCAAUUUGCGUCCUUUAAUCCCUUUAAUUUUGCAAUAUUUUAAUUAAUAAGUUCUGUAAAUGUUUAUAAAUAAUUUUGUGCUAUUAAUUUGUAUUUAAUUGUUUUUUUAUAAGUUUGUGAAUUGUAUGAUUUUGUAAAAAAUAAU